CUUUCGGAAUUAGAUAUUAAAGGAAUAGUCCAUUCUUUAAUUAGGUUGAGCCUCGUUUUGAAAACCUCUUUUCAUUGAGAAAAUCUCCGUUCGCCUUCAUGAAAAUGCAGUGGAGUGAUUCGAAUUACGACGGCCAUGAACCUUCGGAUAGUUAUGGUGGGUACUCAGAUUAUGAAGGUCAUUCAGGUGAGGUUUACCAGGAUCAAGACUAUUCUGAAAGUCAUCAUCAAUACAGCCAGCCAGACUAUAUUAUUCCUGCAAACCUAAAGGACUUCCUGAUCUAUUUUCAUAAAGUUAUCACUGAUCAAGAUCUAUAUGAGAUUCAAAAUGCCUAUGAAAAUGGAUUCAAUAAGUUGACUGACCGUUACUUCCGGAACACUCCCUGGCCAGAAACUGCAGCGGUGUCUAAUAUUGUGAAUGAUGAACUAUUUCUUACCUUGUACAGAGAGCUCUACUAUCGUCAUUUGUAUGCCAGAGUUCCAACAAAAACAACAUUGCAGCAUAGAAUUGAUUCCUAUUUCAACUACUGUAGUCUUUUCAAUUAUAUUCUGAACGAUAAUGAACCGGUUCCUUUGGAUUUACCUAACCAAUGGUUAUGGGACAUCAUCGAUGAGUUUAUUUACCAGUUUCAGUCAUUCACAAUCUAUAGAUCUGCAAUUGAACAAAGAACACCUCAAGAGAAAAGUGCAUUGCAGAGGAAUCCUAAGGUUUGGAAUGUUCACAGUGUUCUAAAUGCACUUCAUUCCCUUGUUGAGAAGUCCAAUAUCAACCGUCAAUUAGAAGUAUACACUAGUGGUGGUGACCCUGACAGUGUUGCAGGUGUAUUUGGACAACAUGCUCUGUACAAGAUGUUGGGUUAUUUCAGCUUAAUAGGCCUACUGCGAAUGCAUUCACUUUUGGGCGAUUACUAUCAAGCCUUGAAAGUUCUAGAAAACAUUGAUUUUAAUCAAACGAAUAAAUAUUCUUGUGUGCCAGCAUGUCAGAUCACCACCUUUUAUUAUGUUGGAUUUGCCUAUAUGAUGAUGCGCCGGUACCAAGAUGCCAUUCGUACAUUCUCCAACAUUUUACUCUAUAUUCAGCGUACUGAACAGAUGUUCCAGUAUAAGGUUCAGCUGUAUGACCAGAUCAACAAAAUGAAUGAUAAAAUGUACAUGUUGUUGGCCAUCUGUUUGGUUCUUCACCCGAUGCGUAUUGAUGAAAGUGUUCAUUUCAGGUUACGGGAAAAAUGUGGAGAUAGUAUGUUAAAAAUGCAAAUGGGGAGUAUAAAUGAUUUUGAGCAGUGCUUCAGUAGAGCCUGUCCCAAAUUCUUGUCUCCUGUUACACCUGAUUAUGAAAAGGAAAAUAUGACCUUCAGCAAGUAUCCUUAUGAAUUACAACAGAAAGUUUUUCUACGAGAAGUGGAACAACAAUUUAACUCGCUUAAUAUUCGCAGUUUCCUCAAGUUAUACACUACCUUGCCUAUUCCAAAGUUGGCAGCUAUGAUUGACAUUUCUGAACACGAACUACACACUCAGCUCAUGUGUUUCAAGCACAAAAUGAAGAAUUUGGUUUGGACAAAAGGCACCAGUGGUCUUGAUGGUGAAUUCCAGUCCACUUCAGAACUAGAUUUCUACAUUAAUCGGGACAUGAUCCAUGUAGCUGACACAAAGGUUGCCAAUCGUUAUGGUGACUAUUUCAUCCGCCAAAUCCAUAGAUUUCAAGAGGUGAUAGAUACAAUGAAAUAUAUCUCAAACUCAACCUUUUAAAAUAUGGUUUGUUGGAUAAACUGCUAUAAAGAGGAGAUGUGCCUCUAAUUUUACUGUGAAUCCUCGAAUUACAUGAGCUGUUAUUGAAGAUCAUAAUCUUACAUAAUGUAAUGUCAUUUUCAAUGUCAAAAAAUUAUGUAAAAAUUGUUUAAAACUUACAAGUUUCUCCAUUAAAAUAGCAUCUUAUAACAAUA